AUGGCCAAAAGCCCAGAGGUGAAGCUGGCCGUCUUCGGCAGAGCGGGGGUUGGCAAGUCAGCUUUGGUGGUGAGAUUUCUGACCAGACGCUUCAUCUGGGAGUACGACCCGACACUCGAAUCAACAUAUCGUCAUCAGGCCAACAUCGACGAUGAGGUGGUCACCAUGGAGAUUCUAGACACUGCUGGGCAGGAGGACAUCCAGCAAAAGGAAGGUCACGUGCGUUGGGGUGACGGAUUUGUCAUUGUGUACGACAUCACAGACCGGGGAAGUUUUGAGGAGGUGGCGCCGCUCCGAAGUCUCCUAGAGGAGGUGAAGAAGCCUAAAAACGUGCCUCUGGUCCUCGUGGGCAACAAGUCCGAUCUGGACCACGUCCGGCAGGUCGGCACGGAGGAAGGCGAGCGUCUGGCAGCCGAAAUGGCGUGCGCCUUCUACGAAUGCUCAGCGUGCGCCAAUGAGGGCGGCACGGUGGCCGAGGCUUUCCACGAGCUGUGCCGGGAGGUGAGGCGCCGCAAGGCCGUGCAGGGCAAGGCCAGACGCCGCAGCUCCACCACGCACGUCAAACAGGCCAUCAACAAGAUGCUGACCAAGAUCAGCAGCUAGGGAAGAGCCGCGGCCGACGUCUGAGGACACAGGAAAUGCACAAUUUUCUUAUGUAAAUGUUUUAAGCAAUUAUUGGCUCCGAAAUGGACGA